AUGAUUGAGAUGGCCACGUGUGUAUUGCCACUGCAGAGCGGUCGUGCUGCCGGCGCGGCCACGAGCUCCGCGCCCAGCGGGGAGCUGUGCCAGCUGCAGUACCUGGGUGGUCCGGCAGCAGCCGCCGCCGGCGGCCAGCAGCGCGAGCGGGCCGCCACCCGUGCGCGGCUCACCGGCGCCGCCCUGCUGGGUGUCCUCAGCCGCUACAUUGUGCAGCCCAUGCCCGGUGCCAGCUACGAGGACAUGUCACCGCUCACCUCCUAUGUGAGCCUGCUCAGCGCUCAUCUCGGCUCUGUGUCGGCCUUGCAGCGCUCCGUGGUGGGCCACGUGCUCGCCGAAUGGGCCCAGGCGUGCCCCGAGCCGCCGCUGCCCGACAGUCUGGUACACCGGCUGCACGUCUGUCUCUCGGAGCCCGUCUGCUAUGACGAGAUGGCCGUGAGCUUCUCCCGCCUACAGCAGGACUGUCGCGACUACCUGGCUCUGCUCAGACACUAUAAUCUGCCCGUGGACGACAGCCUCCAGACUGCACGUGUGCUGAGUUUCGAGCAAAUCCGCCAGUUGAGCGGCCCGGUGUCUGCCGAGCUGCUCGCUGGCGUCCAGGACAGCCUCUCGGCUCAGGUCACCGAGACACUGCAGCUCCGCCAGCAGUCGGUCCGCACAGCCAGCCACCUGGUGGGCGACGAGCAGACUUGCUGGGCCACCAGGACCCAGAUGGCGCUGGCCCGUCCGCUUGUGCUGAUGAAUCGACUCACCGACAAACUGAACCCCGUGGUGCGGCCGCUGAUGGAGAGCAUCAAACGCGAGACCGAUCCUCGGCUGCAGGAUCUAGCGGCCGAGAGCAUCGUGCGACUGCUGGAGCUGCACCGAGAACGUCAGUCUACACCCAUCUUAAAGAUCAUUAAAAACCUGUGUGUCCUUAUAUGUUACGAAGUGUGUCCUGCAUCUACCUCUUGUGUUCAGGAGUGCCGCUCGGACGGCCAGCUGGGCCGGCACGGCUCCCAGCGCGGUAUUAUCACACUGGAGCGGUUGCAGCAGACUGCCGAGGAGCGUGCCACCCGUCGUGGCCCGACGUCCCACGACACCGGUGGGCCGCUUGCCGAAGCCGCUGCAACUCCGACCUCUGCCGAGCACACCUUAACCGGACAAAACCCUCAGGUGCAGCGGGAGCUGCAGCGGCGCGGCGCCGUCCGCGCUCUGACAGCCCUCUGUGAGCGCUUCGCCGCCACACCUCCCGAUCGGCUGCUGGAGCUCUCGCUGGUGCAGCUGGACGCAGCGCUGCCUACUGAGGAGCGCGCCGUGGAGAGACUGGUCAGCGCGCUGCAGGUCACAGAGGUGAUCGUGCCGUCACUGCACGCCGCUGUCGCCCAGCAGGCGCUGCGUCGUCUGGGUCGAUUGCGCGAGUUUCUGGGCAGCCAGUUCAAGUCUGUGCGGCACAUGGCGGCCCGAUGCAUGGCCGCUUACGCCCGGCUGGACCUGCAUGCCACGCUGACCUCGGUGGUGCGACACGUUCUGCCGCUGCUGGGUAAGUGGCUGGGUGUCAGAGAUGGAGCUCCCAGGUGGGGUGGGGGGCGACUGAAAGGGUCAGGUCAGGAUCCUACUGAAAUCGAGACCAGCUAUAUCAGGGGGUCAGGGGUGUUCCGACUUCCGAGUAGUACUAUUGGUAAGAUAAGGGUCCAGGCGACUUAUAGGUUUGAUGCGGUGAAUACCCCCACCUUCGCCACACUCGCUCGGUGCUACGGAGCUCCGAUCUCGCGACCAGUCACCUGUACUUGUAGACUGUGCCGAAUGACAGCAGUUGAGCGGGACAGUGGAGCUUAGGCGGAAAUUAACGCCAUGUUGGACAGAGAAGGACGCUCAUCAUUCCGGUGGGAGGGCCGCUCGCCAUUUUAACUCCAUGUAGUGACUCGCUGACGAUGAAAGACAUUACAGGACGACACUACAGGGUUCGGCAAAGAAUUUGUUAACUACCUAUGAAAACACCUUCUGGUUCCUAAUCGUGUCUACACCUGAGGGAUGACGAUUCAGGCUGCACUCCUGCAUUGCACGGUCCUUGGCCGCAGGUCAUGAGGUGGCAAACGAACCUCGGGUCACGGGUCACCGAGCUACGGCCAGUUUCACACAGAUUGUCCACCUGAACGGCUGCGUCGCUACGUGAAGGUCUGAAAUUGUUAUCAAGGGAGCUGAACCAGACAGUCGGCGUGUUCC